AUGGAGACAAAGCCUCACCCACGCCCGCUGGCUUCGGCUUCCGCUUCGUCGCUUAGCGGCGGUGCCCUCAGUGGCAAGGCCAAUGGAGCGACGGCAGAGUCUUCUCCUGCACUCGCAUCUGCAACAUCUCAACAAUGGUUUGUCGCGUGGCGUUGGUCGUGGUGGUGGUGGUCGUCCUCGCGGCCGCAGCGCUGGCUCUCCCUGACCCCUCCAAACGCCACUUGGGAUACGGCUUGUACGGAGGAUUCCCAGGAUACGGCCUCUCAGGAUUCGGCUUUGGAGGCUACGGAGGCUACGGCUAUGGAUCCCACUAUCCUUACUACGGAUCCUACUACGGAUAGAUGAGGUGCAUCAGGUGAUAAAUUAUUUCUUAAGCUUUCCACUACGAAAUCCAAAGAUUUAUGCCAAUAUAUCUAUGGCGCUAAUAAAGAAUUCAUUCUA